CCCUUUUGCCUUACCGCAGCUACAUAUAUAAAUAAAGUUACGGUAAACGGAACCCUAAGUCUUUCCUCAUUUUUUAGGGUUUUGCGAAACAGAGACAGGAACCGGCCGACGACAAUGGCGAGGAUCAAGGUUCACGAGCUUAGGCAGAAGUCGAAGGCUGAUCUGUUGAACCAGCUGAAGGAUCUGAAGGCCGAGCUCGCACUCCUGCGCGUCGCUAAAGUCACAGGCGGUGCUCCUAAUAAGCUAUCCAAGAUCAAGGUGGUGAGGUUGUCGAUUGCCCAGGUGUUGACUGUUAUUUCUCAAAAGCAGAAGGCUGCACUGAGGGAGGCAUACAAGAAGAAGAAGUACUUGCCACUUGAUCUGCGCCCCAAGAAGACAAGAGCCAUCAGGAGAAGGCUAACCAAGCACCAGGCAUCGCUGAAGACGGAACGUGAGAAGAAGAAGGAAAUGUAUUUUCCCAUGAGGAAGUAUGCCAUUAAGGUUUAGGGUAGAUAGGUCAGAUAUGAUAUUUUAGAAUCUCGCAAAUUUUUUUAUGUUUGUCUUCCUGAAUGUGGAGUUUGACUUAGUGUUAAAUUGUUUUCUCAUAUUAAAUGAAAGCGUCUACCUUUUUGAUGUGUGUGGUAGUUAAGAGGA